AUGAGGUUGUGGGAGACCAUGUUUCCUGUCCCUGCGCAGGCCGGUCUCUCAGCGUCCGGAGCGGUGUCCAGAGAGCGUGUGAAGAGCCGGGGCAUCCUGCGCUCGUCCAGCGGUAAGGCCUCAGCAGGAGCCGGUCAGCCGGGCCGCCCCAGCCUGCGCAAGGCCGAGAGCACCCGGGCCAGAGGGUCGGCGCCGCCCCGAGCCGGUCUGUCUGCGCAGAGCAAGGCCUCGUCGGCGUCGCUGUCGGAGCGUCUGGACACGGCCGCCGGGCUGCCCCGCGCCAGCAGCGUCAUCUCCACGGCCGAGGGCUCGGUGCGCCGCACCAGCAUCCACGAGCUGCUCUCCAAGGACAGCCGUCAGCCCGUGCUGGUGGACCCGGCGCCCGCACGCCCCCAGAGUGAGUACAGUGACCCAGCCCUGCCCAAGUCCGCUAGCAUGCCCUGCCGCGUAGAGGAGCCCGAGCCGUCCAGCCUGCAGGCCUUUCUAGGUCCCUCCUUCACCGUAGACUCCAUCUUUCUGGACUCCAUCUUUAGCGAGCCUGCGGUGACGGGCGGUGCUAGAAACCAGGCCAUCCUGUCGCUCAACACGUCCCUCGUUAGUAGCAUUAGCGGCCCUCCCCAUAAGGCCAAGCGCUCAGACGAGGCCGAGGCCGAGCCCUCGGAGGACGGCCAGUCGCUGUGGUACGAGUACGGCUGCGUGUGA